UAACAUCGAGGAGAGGACAGGAGAGGAGAGGAGAGCAGAGUCUAGUAGUCUAGUAGUCCUGAGAAGAGCAAAACAGUUCCAGUAAUCUAAAGACAAAAUAGACUUCAGCAGCACCGAGAGAAGAGAGCGGUGCCCGACAGCGAAGGAGAACCUUCAGACAAUACUAAUACGAAAACUCAAAUAUCAAUUUCUCCAAGGAAACUCAAUUUCGCUUAUAUCUUACAUUCUCGACACGAUUUACUGACGAUCUCUGGCCAUGAUCGGCGAGAGUUAAUGACCUUCAGCCAUCUGAAAAUUUAUCGAUGCGAAUCGUCUCUACACCGACUACACAGGGAAUGAUCUACGGUGGCUAUACGACAGGAAGGAAAAGGAAGAGAGCAAGAAAAACUCGGCAAUAAUUCCACUUUCAGAUGAAAUUUCGGUCGCAUUGAAUAAAUGGGAAGAAUCAAUCUCGCUGAAUAAAAUCAAUUGAUGCAUUGGUGCCGAAAAUCACAAAAUUCUAACCUCUUCGCUAGAUGGAAUUCUGGGCGCAAUAAUAUUCUCCUUUGUUCUUGCUUAAUUAAAAUAAUUCACGAAUAUUUUCCUUAAUCGCAUUUUAGAAAAAACUACGUUGAAUCGCGCACGAAUGUAAUAUAUGGGCGUCAUGAGGAAAACCGGGAAUGAUUUCCCGGUUCUCAUUUCUCACAAUUCCAUCGAGAUUUUUCCUCAUGAAAUGUUUAUAAUUCAAACAGAAACGAAUCACUGCGGUAAGUGGUCGCUGUUCGAAAAGAAUGCAAUUUACAAACAAUUUUGGUUGAAAUUAUUAAACUCAGAUGAAAUUCGGUUUACGUGAAAUUAAAUAUCAAGUGCAAGAGUGCCAACGGAUUAUCGUGAGACUUUGGAAUACCUGAAAGUGAUUACUAUAAUUAAUAUUGUUAAUAUCAUUACGAAAAUGGAAAUUGAAGAGGAAUUUAAUGGGAAUAAAUCAGCUGGGAAGUCGCGGCAAUUGCUUGCAGCUAUCCUGGCGAGUAUGUACACUCUCACGGUGACCUUGGUGAUGAUCCUGUUGGUUAGCACUUACGAUCACCUCGGAGCAUUAAUGAGACCUCACACCAGCCAGUGGUUCCUAGUCAUAACCCCUUUGGCAAUUAUCGUUGGAUUUCCAAUUGCCCAUUUUUGCUGUGAAUGUUACGGCAGAAAAGUCUCUCUCUGUUUAUCAGCAAUUCCUCUCACCUUCUGCUGCAUGCUGAUAUCCUUUGGAGAGAACAGCCUGCUCCUUCUGCUCGCUUUUAUUCUCGGAGGAAUUGGAAGCACCCUUUGCCUACACACAGUACCAAUUUAUGUCUCUGAAAUAUCCAGUAACAGUUUGAGAUCAGGACUGGGUACCAUUCGCAUGAUUUUCACAACUAUUGGAUUUUCAGCCGGCUACUUGAUAACUGAUCACCGGGUAUACCGAGACUCGGCAUUCAUCAUCAUGUUCCUUCCUUUACUUCUAGGAUUGGGAUUCGUAUUCAUGCCCGAAUCGCCGAUCUAUUUGUACAGAAUAGCUGGGAUCGAUGAAGCUACUAAGUGUUUAAUGUGGCUGAGAGAUAACGAUCAUCAAUGUGUUCAUCAUGAAUUAUUUACAAUCCAGCAGACGGUGCCAUCAAUGACUACAGGAUCAUAUUUUUUCCAGAAUUUUUUCUUGGAUCUCGGAAAACGUCGGGGUUUUAUCAUAACUUGUGGUUUAUUCACUGCACAGUCACUGUGGCAGGUGGCAACUGUGUUGCAUAUUCGGGGACACAUGAGUGGAGCAAUCGCACAGGGGACACUUCGAGGUGCCCCUGUGACAAUAUUUCUAGUCAUCCAAAUUAUAGCAGCUGUCAUACCGUCAAUUCUACUGUAUUGCUUUCGACAAAAAAUACUUUUACUUAUUUCAUGCGUUGUAAUGUCAUCCUACUUUUGUGUUUAUAUUGUGAUCGCGUUGAUCCGUCAUGACUCUUACAUUCCUUCAUGGAUCCUUUUGCCGUUGGCAAUUUCAUCCAUAGUUGCUUAUUAUUUUGGUAUGGGCACUUUCCCAUCGAUCAUUGCUGUUGAAGUAUUUCAACGAGAAGUUUUAUCAUUGGGAUUUAUGUUGUCGAUAGCUGUCUCAUGGAUCGUCCUAUUUUUUAUGGCUGGCAUAAUGACUGUUGUGGUCAUGUCAGCACUCAUUGCGGCUUUGAUUAACGUCUUGCUUAGUAUAUGUUUAUUCUUCUUUAUCUAUUUCUUUGUCCCUGAGACCACGGGAAAAGCAAUUGAAUCGAUCACUGGUGGAUUACGUAAAGGCUUUACGAAAUAGAACAUAGAAAAAUGUUUAUCGAAGCUUCACUGUUUUUCCAUGCAUCGUAGAGUUAACAAAUAAUAAAUUAUUUUAUCAUGAUUAUAUAUUAUAUUAUCA